AUGGAUACACAAACCAAUAAGAAAAUCGACGAGACAAGUAAGUCCUCUUCCAUCGAAACCACACACGGUGGAGCCCAAGAACUCUUAGUCAACGGCACUCAAAAGGGUGAACAGGUAGAAGGAACCGAAACUAAUGAGCAGUCUACAGCUAAUCCCCCCUCAGACGAGUUACAAGUUAACAUAACACAUCUCGAUCGCAACUAUACGGGCGGUCUUUCUUCAGAUGGCUACGAAUCAUCGCGAGCUUCCAGCGAUGUAGAGGAUAUCUUGAGAGGCCCACGAGCCUACCUGUAUAGACAUAUGUCCGAUAGCGAAUCUAGCAAAGAUUCAGAUUUCUCAUCAAUGGACGUCUCAAGCAAAUUGGACACGAUACAAUGUACCGCUUGUUCAGGGGAAACGCAUAUCUCGAAGUUGGUUCGCCUUCCUUGUGAGCAUGGAUAUUGCCCGAAGUGUCUCAACCGUAUGUUUGAGAAUGCAAUAAAAGAUGAGGGAUCAUUUCCUCCACAAUGCUGUGGGGAGGAUAUACUCAUUGAGGAUUUUGAAAACAUACUUGAUGCUGGGAUCAUAGCCCGUUUCCGAGAAAAGGAGGACGAGUACACUUCAUCAGAUCGGACUUACUGUCAUCGACCAGUAUGCGCCGCCUACAUUCCACUCAAAUUACAUAUCAAAGGAGUUGCGGUUUGUGAUAAAUGCCAUGAAGAAACUUGUGUGGCAUGUAAGGGUGCUUCGCAUUAUGGGCAGUGUCCGGAGGACCCACUGCUUGAAGAGGUCAUGAAGCUCGCCGAAAAAAUGCGUUGGCAGCGCUGUCAAAACUGCAAGGCCCUCGUUGAGCUGAGAGCUGGAUGCAACCAUAUAACGUGUCGAUGUAAAUACGAGUUUUGUUACUUAUGUGGUGCGGUGUGGAAAAGUUGUGGAUGUCCGCAAAUGCAGCAGGAAGAACUAGAUCAAACAGAUCGGCAACGACGACUUCGACGUGGCGACCGAUACUGGCGACGAUUUCAUGAGCCUGUGCUAUAUCGGUUUUAA